GGGCUUUUGUGCACCAGGGUUAGCUCAGCUGUGUACUUGAUCACUCUGUCGCUUCAUUUCUUCUGGUUCUCUCCAGUCCCGACGCCCGGUUUCCUGGUCAGAUUUUUCUCACUUACCCCACUUUCUCCUUCACAGUUCAGCAUGCAGAAAAAAGACGCCUCCCCGCAGGGUUUCCUGCCUAGCUUCCAACAUUUUGCCACGCAGGCCAUCCAUGCCGGCCAGGAACCGGAGCAAUGGAAUUUCCAGGAUGUGGUGCCCCCCAUCUCACUGUCCACCACGUUCAAGCAAGUGGCACCCGGCCAGCACUUGGGUUUUGAAUACAGCCGCGCUGGAAAUCCCACAAGGAAGUGCUUGGAAAAAGCAGUGGCAGCACUGGAUGGGGCCAAGUACAGUUUGGCCUUUGCUUCGGGUUUAGCAGCCACUUUGACUAUUACUCAUCUUUUAAAAGCGGGAGACCAAAUUAUUUGCAUGGAUGAUGUGUAUGGAGGUACGAACAGAUAUUUCAGGAAGGUGGCUGCUGAAUUUGGAUUAAAGAUUUCUUUUGUUGAUUGUACCAAAACCAAAUUGCUAGAGGCAGCAAUUACACCAGAAACCAAGCUGGUUUGGAUUGAAACCCCCACAAACCCUAAUUUGAAGCUGAUUGACAUUGAAGCCUGUGCACAUACUGUCCAUAAGCAUGGAGACAUUAUUUUGGUCGUGGAUAACACUUUUAUGUCAGCAUAUUUCCAGCGGCCUUUGGCUCUGGGAGCUGAUAUUUGUAUGUAUUCUGCAACAAAAUAUAUGAAUGGCCACAGUGAUGUUGUAAUGGGCUUAGUGUCUGUUAAUUCUGAAGACCUCCAUAAUAGACUUCGUUUCUUGCAAAAUGCUCUUGGAGCAGUUCCGUCUCCUAUGGACUGUUACCUCUGCAAUCGAGGCCUGAAGACUCUGCAAAUCCGAAUGGAGAAGCAUUUCAAAAAUGGAAUGGCUGUUGCCCAAUUCCUAGAAUCUAAUCCCUGGGUAGAAAAAGUUAUUUAUCCUGGUUUGCCCUCCCAUCCGCAGCAUGAGUUGGCAAAGCGUCAGUGCACAGGCUGCCCAGGGAUGAUCACCUUUAUUAUUAAGGGCACUCUUCAACAUGCUGAGACUUUCCUCAAGAACCUAAAGUUAUUUACUCUGGCUGAAAGCUUGGGAGGAUAUGAAAGUCUUGUUGAGCUUCCGGCAAUCAUGACCCAUGCAUCAGUGCCUAAGAAUGACAGGGAUACCCUUGGAAUUAGUGACACACUGAUUCGACUCUCUGUGGGCUUAGAGGAUGAAAAAGACCUGCUCGAAGAUCUAGAUCAAGCUUUGAAGGCAGCACACCCUUCAAGUGGAAAUUGCAACUAACAUUCUGGAACUGCAUUAGAGGCUGCUUGCUGAGAAGAUCAAAUCCUCUGAAUAAUUGAACACACCAUUAAUGAGCCUUCGCAGAAUGUUCAAGUGAAAAUUUUAAGGCACAGUAUGAUUUUUCACUGUAACCUUCUAGGGAUCUUCCCUGUUAAAAGCCGUUUUCUAUACAUCUUAUUGUAACUGACAGGCCAAUUCUGUUAAUACCUUUUGUUAAUUUUGCUUUACACAUACCUCUGAAGGAAAUGAAAUUUGUGCUGCUUUUGGGGAUCAUGUUCUUCUUUUCAUAGCCUAAGAUUUAUUUUGAUCAUGUUUACAAUAUGAUGGUUAUUCACUUUUGAUGUUUUGUGAAGAUUAAGCAUGAUUUUUGCAUAUUGUUGAAAAGAACAUUCCAAACAAUGGUUUACAUUUAAUUGCCGUAGCCAAAAAUUAAAUACUUGAAAAGUCUACUGUGAAAUUCUAUUGAUUUAAGGUUGUACUUCAUUCUCCUUAUUUUUUAAAAAAUAAAUCUAAUUAUCAAAUCCCA